AUGGAAAUAGAGGGAGCUAUAGAGACACCAAGAACUAUAAAUAAAAAAGUAUUUAAAAUAUCUCCUCUUCAAUCAUGUCUUGUUUGGCCAGUCACUCCAGAAAGAAAGGGAAAACGUUCUACUGAAAGAAUACCGUAUGUUAUAUCAUCAGAAAGUUGGCAGAAUAUACAACAGACUAAAGCAGAAAAGAAAAGAAAGAUUGAGAUGGAAAAAGAAGACAGAAAAAAUAUAGAAUUGAAAACAGGUUGA